CACACCAAGUUAUUCACAUCAAACACAACUAACUAAAAAGUUUCAAGACACAAACCGAAGAGAGGAAAAGAGAGAGAAAGAGAGGGGAGCACAACAAUGCCCACUUCAAUGCCUUGCGUGACUCGAGCCAAGCGCUGCUUGCAUCCCGAUUGCUACGAUCGCCUCGGUCGCAAAGUCGGACUCGAACUGGAACGUUCGAAGCGUCCGCUGAAGCAGCAGCUGCUGCCGUCGUCGACGGAACAGCGAGCAGCCAAGCAGCUGCGUUUGCGCAUCUGCGAGAAGCAGCAACAGGAAUCGCUGUUGCAACAACAACGCGCUGUCGGCUUUGAAUUGUCCUCCGGCACCGGUUCAAAGUCUCUGCACAAGCCGCGUGCUCUGCCACCCGGCACAGUGGCGCCACCUGCCCCACGCAGUGUCAUACGCCCGCCGGCGAAGCCCACAAAGCGCAAGGGAUGCGGUGGGGAGGCGACCUACUUCCAUGUGCUUGGUCAGCCCUGGGAAUCGAAGGGAUUCGCUGAACUGGCCAAGGAGGAGGUCGAUCGCAUGAGGGCAGCGCGUCCACCGACAGCCGAUGAGUUGCUGGCGGAUCAUGAGCGCCAUCAGGAGGAGGAGCGGCUCAACAAGGAGGAGGAGGAGCGAGUGCGCACCUAUUACCAUGAGAUCGAUGAGGCGAGGCGGGAGCGAGAGCUCGAGGCGCAGCGACAGAUCGAUGCGGAGGCCGAUGACGAUGAUGAGGUGAAGGCGACAGAGGCUAGGCGUCUCAUGGUGCUGCACAAGUCGCUGCAGGCCCGUUAUGCGACCGACCAGCGUGUGCAGACCGCAGAUAGAGCGAUUGGCGCCGCCAAAUGCAGCGCCAUGUGGACAGCGCAAAUCGAGGAGCGGGCGAUGAUCGAGCGACUGCAGGAGCAGCACGACGAGGAGCAGGCGAAGAAGGACAACGCAUUCAAUGAGUCCAAGUGGGGCACGCUGCCGCAUCAGGAGCUGCUGGCGCACAAUAAGCGCCUCGAGUUCGGCGCUGCUGUGCGCCAGCAGAUCAACGAUCGCCGGCAGCUGCGCCACCUGGCCGAGGAGCGUCGCCGCGAGGAGUCACGACAGAUGCGCGACGCCUUCGAGGAGUUCAAGCGCUUCCAGACGGAACAAGCGCAGGCGAGCGGCCAACGGAAGCGGGACUAUCGCAAGGAGCUCUUCCAUUACAUACAACUGCAUCAGGACUUCAGUCGCAUGUUGUGCGAACAGGAGCGACGCGACGAACUGCGCGCCAACGACUUUGUGCUGAAGAAGGAGCAACAACGCUUGGAACAGCGACAGCAGAAGGCGGCCAUCGAGGCGGACAAGGCACGCAAACGUGAUGCACUCUAUGUGAUCCAACAGAAGAUCCUCGAUGCCAAGGACAAUCGCGAGGAGAUGCGUCUGCUUGCCGAGCACGAACGCCUCGAGCGCAAGUAUCGCAUGGAGGAACGUCAGGCUGUGGAGCAUCGGCGACGUCUCGUCUCCGAGCUGCGUCUGGGCAAUCGUCUGGCCAUGGAGCAGAUCAACAAGCUGAAGGCAUGCUACUACACACAACGACAACGGGAAAUGGACGAGGUGAAGGAGGAGCGUGCUCGCUACGAGCAACAACAAAAGGCCGAACAGCAGCAGCGACUGGGCAAGAAACUGAGUCUCCAUCACGGUGUCACAGCGCAAAUGGAGGAGCACGAGAGGGCGCGACGUCGCGAUCUUGAGCAGGAGCGUGUGGCCAGCGAGCGAGCACGUGUUCUGGAGGAGCAGCGACAGAAGGAGAUCGAUAUGGUGAUCAGCGUGAAGCUGGACGAGUUGGCCAAGAAGCGUUGUUUGCCCCACAAUGCGAUACAAUCGCUGACGGCGCGUGUGGCCAGCGGUGCCAGCAAGAAGCUCUCCAAUCACUUUCAGCCUUAAGUGAGGAGGUGGAGAAGGCGGAGAAGGAGCAGAAGGGGAAGGAGGCGGAGGCGGAGCAGCAGGGGAGGAAGCGAGCGAAGUUGUGUUAUAUUUGUUGAUUCUGUUUAUACAGUUUGUUGUUUCUGUGUUUGGUUUCUGUGGAGUGGCAACAGCAACAAUACAACCACAACUCACAAUUGAUGGCACACACACACACGCACACACGCACGCACACACACAGACAACGAAGCGCGGCAUUAAAACUUGAAGCAUACUUUGCGGCGACAA